AUGCAUGAUAAAGAUCAUUCAAUCCAAAUCGACGAUGAACCUUCCUCAGAUCCACCUAGUCAUCCUUGUGAUACCACUACCACCACCACCAACACCAGCACGAAUAACUCAUCACCCACCGAUAGCGAAUCCUCACUUCAAAACAACCCCGAUGGCAGAACGAUCACCUUUUCAGAACCCAUCAAUCAACCGCAAAACACCAUCACUUUCCGAGAAGAUACCAAUGUCCUCAGAGAACGAGAACGUAAAAAAUUAUUACAGAACCGAAAUAACGAAGAAGUGGAACAGUUACCGUUACAACGUACGAAUUCCGAAUAUGAAAUUAUGAGACAGCCUGUCGAAAAAUCGGAAUUGACCAAAAAUGAAAAGUAUCGAAUUGGUGGUACAGAGUAUCGUGCAUUAGACAUGUUGGCACGAAUGGUGCCUAUCUAUUAUAUUGGAUUUAUUAUUCUUUUCGGCUUCUUUUUUCGUAUCUAUGUUGCUGCUUCCACUUACGCACAAGAGAUCCUAAGAACUUCCAAUGCUAGUGGACCUGUAGACCCUUGGUUUUUUUCAAUGUUCAUGAGUCUUUCAAGUUUCACCAACCUCGGACUAAACCAUUUGGACAGCAGCAUGAUGGCCUUUCAAAAUGCGCCUGCUCCGCUCAUACUUGCUAUCAUCUUGAUUUUGGUCGGAAAUACUGCAUUCGCCAUCCUGUUAAGGUUCAUCAUCUGGCUCUGCUUUAUCCUCACCCCAAAAUCAAAUAUCAUGCGCCGUGAAACAUUUCGGUACCUCUUGGAUCACCCUAGAAGAUGUUACACCACUUUAUUUCCUGCAACCCAAACUUGGUGGCUCUUGAUCGUCUUGGUUGGUAUCACCCUGGUGGAGCUCAUCUGCUUUCUCGCCUUAAAUUAUUGGUUGCCCGUCUUGGCUGGUAUCAGCUGGGGUUCCAGGUUCUUGGAUGGCCUAUUUCAAUCUGUUGCCACGAGAAAUGCUGGCUUCAGUGUAGUCAGUCUUGCAGAUUUAAAUCCUGGCGCACAAUUGGUUUAUAUCGUUGCCAUGUACAUUAGUGUCUACCCUGUUGCGAUUUCGAUGAGAAACAGUAAUAUCUAUCAGGAACGUGCACUAGGCAUAUUUCGAGGUGAAGAUGAGGAGCCAGUACGAUUUUCCGAAAACGAUUUAUCCACCGCACCUUUUAUCAAGUUGAAACGACACUCGACUAUGACGAGCAUUGCACAAGGCACCAAGAAAUUACUAAAGGGACCUGACUUUUUUGUGAUUACACAGAUUCAAAGACAAUUAACGAGUGAUAUCUGCUGGGUCAUCACGGGCAUAUUUUGUAUUUGUGUAUUGGAAGCAGAAUCCAUCAUGUCACCUUCUCCUGUGACAAUUGCUACAGUGAUUUAUGAAUGCGUUUCAGCAUUUGGUAAUGUAGGUGCAUCCACUGGAUAUCCAAACACAGCCACUUCACAGGCAGGCCAAUAUCGAACUCUGAGUAAAUUAGUAUUGAUUAUUCUCAUGUACAAGGGCAGACAUCGUGGUUUACCAGCAUCCAUUGAUCGCUCCAUCUUAUUACCAUCGGAUGAAUUAGCAGAAAAAGAAAAAGAAGACGAAGAGAGAAGAAGAAACACGUCUGUCUCGCUAAUUCAUAUUAAUGAUACAGUGGGUUCAAGCACGGGUACCAAUGGUCCUGACCAUGUCAUGUAUGCGAGAUCAUGUACACUUUAG